UAGUAAAAAAAAAAUGGACUCCAAUUCCAUCGUGGGCUAAACAAGGAAGCGCUUCAUCUUCAUCCGUCCAAGCUAUUGUUUCUUUCUCAAAUUCACACAAAGACCCUAAAUCCCUCCCUUUCGCGCGCGCCACUCUGGUUCUCCGGCGUCAAAAGCUAAUUGAAAGAGUUGGUUGGGUUAGAGUUAAGAGAAAGUAGAUGGCAUCGUCAGAUGACGAGGAUGAGGCUCUGCCACUAUCUGUUGCAAAUUACCAUUUUGUUGAUGACAAAGAUGAACCUGUUUCAUUUUCUGUUUUGCCAAUUCAAUGGAGGGAGAAUGAGGAAAUUGGUGGUGAUAAUCUACAAGUUUUCCUACAUGGGACUGCUGAUAAUGGACUCCAGAAACUAUAUAAGCAAGUCAUAGCAUGGAAGUUCGAUCUUUCCUAUGUGAAGCCCGAGAUAUCUGUACUAACAAAGGAUAAUAGUUGGAUCGUUCUUCAAAAGCCCAGAAAGAGUUUCGAGAAAGUCAUUAAAUCAAUCUUGAUAACAGUGAACUGUCUUCAUUUUAUAAGUAGAAAUCCUGAUACACCAGGGAAAUCUUUGUGGGAUCACAUGUCUAAAGUUUUCAGUUCAUUUGAGGUUAGGCCUUCCAAGAAUGAUUUGGUGGAUCAAAAAUCUUUGAUCAUUGAAGCUAUGGAAAAGAAUGACAUCUUAGCAAAGUCCAAGUUUUUACUUGCAUAUCUUGAUGAGAAGCCCAGAAAGAGGAAAGCACCUGAUGAGGAAAGGCAAGCAACAACAACUUCAAGUUUUAUAGUUGAUGAAACAGAGGAAACAGAAUAUGCAGAAGAGGAUGAUUCCAAUGAAGAUGAUGAACUGUUUGAUUCUGUCUGUACUUUUUGUGAUAAUGGUGGUGAUAUUUUGUGUUGCGAAGGGAGCUGUUUAAGGUCGUUCCAUGCAACUGUGGAGAGCGGUGAAGAUUCUAAUUGUGUUUCUCUUGGCUAUACAGAGGAUGAAGUAAAUUUGAUCCAGCAAUAUUUGUGCAAGAAUUGCGAAUAUAAACAGCACCAGUGUUUUGUUUGUGGGAAAUUAGGCUCCUCUGAUAAAUAUUCAGGUGCUGAGGUGUUUCGUUGUGUUUCUGCAACUUGUGGCCGAUUUUACCAUCCACGCUGUGUUGCAAAAUUGCUCAAUCCAUUCAAUGGAGUUUCUGCUGAAGACCAAGAGAAAAAGAUUAUCAAUGGGGAAUCUUUCACAUGUCCUAUUCAUAAGUGCUGUGUUUGCAAAGAAGGAGAGAAUAACAAAGAUCCAGAUCUGCAAUUUGCUGUGUGCCGGCGUUGUCCUAAGUCUUACCAUAAGAAAUGCUUGCCAAGGAAAAUAUCUUCUGAAGACAUUGAAGAGGAAGGCAUAGUAACAAGGGCCUGGACAGAUUUACUGCCCAAUCGUAUUCUUAUAUAUUGCUUAAAGCAUGAGAUCGAUGAGGAUCUUGGUACUCCAGUGAGGAACCAUGUCAAGUUUCCUGGUGUUGAAGAACAAAAGAGCACUUUCAGAAAAAAGAGCACUAGUAUUGGAGAAAAGAGGCAAAAGCAGACAGCAGAGUUGCUAACAGAUCGGAAGAAAACUAAGACUAGAGUUGCUCCCUUGGAAAAAUCCCAUGAAGGAAGAACAACUCAUGCUGAAUCCAAACAGAGUAAGAAGUCAUUUUCUGCUGUAAAAGUAGGUGGUAAGAAUACUGGAAAAUUACCCGUUGGAUCAAGUAUCCAUAAGAAAGUAAAAGUAAAUGAUGCAUCAAGAGAGGAAAUGAAUUCUCCCAUGGCUGAGGAAAACAACUCACUGGGUGAUAAGCUAUACACGUUAUAUAAUAAGAGGUCUGGAUCAGUGAAGUCAAGGAAGCGGGAUACAUCUGAUGUCGACAAGGCAGCGAUAGUUAAUCCUGCUACAAAAAGAUCGAGCAGUGACUUACCUCCCUUAGAUGCUGAUAGAGAAAAGAGGUUAUUAGAAUUGAUGAAGGAUGCAGAAUCAAAAAUAAAUAUUGAAGGUAUCAAACAAAAAUUUAAAGCUCCCUCUACUCAUGUAGCCUAUAAAAAUUUGGCUUCGGAAAAAGCAGCUAUUACGCUGGGAAAGGUGGAGGUCUCAGUCGAGGCAAUUCGAGCAGCUUUACGGAAACUUGAGGAAGGGUCCAGUAUCGAAGAUGCAAAAGCUGUUUGUUCAUCGGAGGUUCUUGAGCGGAUGUUUAAAUGGAAGGAUAGGCUGGGAGCAUCUCUUUCACCAUUUUUACAUGGUAUGCGCUACACUUCUUUUGGUCGGCAUUUUACUAAAGUGGAGAAACUUGAAGAGAUUGUCAAUAAACUCCACUGGUAUGUACAAGAUGAUGAUAUGAUUGUGGAUUUCUGCUGUGGUGCUAAUGAUUUCAGUGUCUUGAUGAAGAAAAAGCUUGAUGAGACAGGAAAAAAGUGCUCAUACAAAAACUAUGAUUUCAUAGAACCAAAGAAUGAUUUUUGUUUUGAGAAGAGGGACUGGAUGUCUGUCAAGCCAAAGGAAUUGCCAACUGGAUCAAAAUUGAUCAUGGGAUUAAAUCCUCCCUUUGGAGUUAGAGCAUGCCUGGCAAACAAAUUUAUUGAUAAGGCUCUUGAGUUUAACCCAAAACUUCUUAUACUUAUUGUUCCACAAGAAACUGAAAGGUUGGAUGAAAAGGCUCAACCUUAUGAUUUGGUUUGGGAGGAUGAUCAUCUGCUAUCAGGAAAGUCAUUUUAUCUGCCUGGAUCAGCUGACGUUAAGGACAAACAAAUGGAACAAUGGAAUGUGAAGCCUCCUCUACUUUAUCUAUGGAGCCAUCCUGAUUGGUCCAACAGACAUAGGAAAAUAACUGAAAGUCAUGUUAAUCUUUUUAAACAAGAAGAGGCUGUGGUAGAUGUUCAUUCAUUGGGUAACCAUGAUGAUUCAGGUGAAUUCCAUGAGCAUGCCAUGGCUGACUCUGGUGAUUAUGGUAAUAUUCCUAGGCAUGCACUGGGUGACCCUGGUGAUUUUAGAGAUAUACUUGAUCAUGAAAUGGAUGACCAUCAGAAUUUCAUGCCAACUGAUGAUCCUGUGGAAACUGAGAAUCUGAAAGAUGAUGUAACUGGGGUGGUUGGAACAGGAGGACAGAAGGAUUACUCCCCUUCAAUCAGCAGCGAUAGAGAGGAUCGUGAGAAUCCUGCUGGGAAGAAAGCACCCAAUGAGAACACAAAGAGGCGGUUACAGACCAGAAAAAAUAAGAGAAAAAGAGCAAGGGCCCAGGCUGAUACUAAGAGCAGACAUGGUACAGAGAUGCCCAGUAGAGUAUCUCCUUAUACAGCCAUUAAUCAACGUUUUGACUCCAGCGUUCCUGGCAUGCACUCCCAGUUUGGAAUAGCGCAUGUUGAUCAGUUAGAUAGACGGUACGGUAAUGUUAGUGAUGAGCAUUCUAAUUUUCCCACGAGAUCAGCUACUGAUUAUGGGGCUAACUCUAUCAGUAGACCAUUAGAUAUGGACACUAUGUACAGGAGGGAACAUACUGUUCGAUCACAGCUUCAGCAUUACGGCCAGCAAGAUCCGGAGGUCCAAGGAGGUUAUUAUCCUGGAGGUCAGGAUUCCAGAUAUGGUCAGAUUGGACUGCACACACCAUACCCACCUACUUAUGGAAAUCCUGGUCCAAUAUCUGAUCCUCUUUACAGAUCAAACUCAUCAGGAGCGCAGUGGUACGUACCACAAUCAGACCCAUUGCUUCACUCAAGAAUGCACAUAAUGGGGUCUGAGCCACCACUGACCAUUUUUGAUCCUAGAGCAGCUCACUCUUAUGGACUCCCGGAUUUCCAUUUGGGUUCUCACCUACCCUAUUCACACCGUCCCCCAGGUAGAUGAAGAGUCGACCUUAUGAUUUGGUUUUUUGUUUUGGGGGGGUGAUGUGUCUACAAGCUUAAUUGUAAUUAUAUGGAUUUAGUGUUUAGAUUUUUUUUUUUGGAUAACACCUGUUAAACUUAUGUGUUCAUCAAUGUAAUCAUUCUCUUUAUUUUGCCCCAUAAGUAAAUCGGGUUAACUCGAUAAUUGUUUAGAGACAUUCGUUAAUGUUUUACUUUUAGAAAAUACUUUUUGAGCUUAAGGUAGUCUUUACUCUUGCAUCAUUAUCCAUUAUCCAUGUUUUGUGGAUUAUUAUUA